AUGCCACCGAAGAAGCGGGCGAGAAAAGCCCCGGCUCCGACUAGACCGUCAGAGCCGGACGACCUCAGCGUGUUUGACCUAGACAGCUCAUCCAUCCUUGACCCUCAUCCUGGUGGUGGAAGAGCUGCCAUCAAUGACACUCCCGUGCCGCAGUUAAGCGAAAAUGGCUGCAAUAGCAUGCGCAUGGAGCAGGUACUCCAGGAGAUUCAAGUCACCCAGCGCGUUGGGCCCACGACACUGGAUGAACCCAGCCUGGGCGAGCUCCUUUCUCCGAAGCCCCUACGCGAAAUCCAUUCCGCAGCCGUCCAUGAACCGGGAAAAUGGACUUUCCUCUUCGCACCUGCGCCAUUCACCACUGAGGGGAGGAGUAUCAAAGAAAACACCUCACUUGUGAGCAGCAUUGGUGGUAUCAACUUCAUACCUUUGGGAAAUCCAAACCAACGCACGAUCCCGCAGCCAGAGUGGCUUUCCGACUCCAAUGCCAGGCAGAUGGUCCUCGAAGCUAUAAGUCGAUAUCUCUCGCGCGUCUACACGAAGCUGAACCGCCUGUCUCAGCCAUCUUUGCGGGCAAUUUUCCUCAUGUGUGUAGUGAAGGUGGUUCCAGAUCAAUACCGCAUCGGUGCCAUCGGCCUUGGGUUGCAUCAUGUUGUCUGUCAGCGUGUAAAAACGACUACUCCACUCUAUCUCAAAGCCACGCUCCCCUUUAGCGCCAACUCAGACGGACCGUUUGUAGGCCAACCCCUCACCCUUCCCGCAGGUGUACCCGAUAUCUGCGCCGACCUUUACGUCAACGACGUCUUCAGCUUUGUCUUUUCGGGAGACAUGUUAAAAGAGACAACUGCCGCACAUAGGCAACUGCUCAAGUACAUCGUAUCACAAUGUACAAUGUACACAUAUGGGACCAUUGCUACCCAGGAUGAGCUUUUCAUGCUGGCAAAAGAUCUCAAAAACCAAUAUUCAAGUGACUUGAGACGUUGGGCAGCUCAUGGCGCCUAUUCAUGGUCCAACAUUGUCGCAACUGGCGACGGACUCGUGCAGCGCAAACGUGGCGCGGCGGCCGGGGACUUCUAUCCGACAGACCUCGUAGAAGAAAUCACGAAGAACUUGCCGACGAUUCAUUUUCCGUCUUUGCGGAAAACCGAGGAGCAUCAGCAAACGCGUAGUCUUGAAGAGGCCUGGAACGCAGCUUGUGAGAUGGCCGAUGCAAUCAGGAAGUUCGGCGGCGAAGUCCUUUACCCUUUCUGCGGCGAGUCUGAGGAGAACCGACAGCGAACUCUACAUUGCUGCCGUAACUGCUGGUCUGUGUGGCCAUGUAGUCAGCUCAAGCGCAUCAACAAGAAGUUAAAGAUGGCGGCUAAAGCGGUUUCGGCUCAGACGACCGCUUCUCAGAGGACCGCUGCUCAGACUACCACAGGACAAAGAGCUACGACGCCUGGACUCCGCCGGAAUCUCACGAAUCUGAAGGGAACGUGCUAUGUGUCCACUGUCGCGCAAGUCCUUCACGGAAUUCCCCACGUUCGGACCUUUGUCAAGUCUCCCAUCAACUUCAGAUUCGUUCAGAAGGAAGACUCACGUGGCCUGGUGGAAGCCCUGAGGGACAUCUUCCAAAAACUGGAUGAAAGAGGAAGAAAGCUACCUCCUGCUGUGACAGAGAAUCUCCUGGGAAAGAUUUCUUCCCUUGGCAAUGACUACGGCACGGAGGCUCAUGACGCCAAGGAGCUGUUUGAACAAUUACUUGACACGUUGGUGGGCACAUCGUCGGUAACUUCUGCGGGUGGAGAAUCAGCACGGCCGCUGGAGCAACUGGCCGCCGAGCUGGAAUGUACCCAGCGUCCGCUGAAAGAUGAUGCCAAACGGAGUUGGAGUGGCUUUACGCACAAUGGCCGCGAGACUCUUUUAGCAGAGACGCUGUAUCACCAGAUUGUUCGGGAACGUGUCUGCAUGUCUUGUGGCUUCAUCGACCGCCUCUUUCAGCAGCUAGCAACGGUGACUAUCGAGUCGCCAGAUGGGAUUUUGUCUCCGGCAGGGAAGCGCUAUGAUUUGAAAGAGCUGUUCCGCGACUACGUCUUGGAUACGGCGGCGGAGGAAGUCACCGAUCGGGUGUCACGUUGUCCUGUGACGACAUGUAAAAGCGCGAUGGGCCCCCAGACGCGACGCAUCGUGAAAACCCCCCAGGUCCUGAGUUUCACCUUUCGGAGAGUUCUUCAGGAUUUCAGUGGCCAGGAGCAGAAGUGGCUCAACCACGUCGAGGUACCAGAGCAUCUUAAUCUUGCGGGGUACGUUGACGACGUUUCUCUGCCAUCUGAAAGGAAGCCGUCCGCGCCUGGUAGCACUCCAAUGCGCUGGAUAACAGACCAGAUAACCGAUUACACCUUGCAAGCCACAAUCCACUACCGACCUACUGGGGCGCACUAUGUGGCGUAUGUGCGCCAUGACGACAAGUGGAUUCGGUUCGACGACAUCAAGGAGAGCCCCGACGAAUGUUCUCCAUGGGACGGUAUUCGGCAAACGCCCAACGAGACAGUCUACGUGGCUGUGUACCUCAAAUCGAAGUCGCCGCCUCCGUUGCAACCACCAGCACAGACGGGAGAGAAGCACCCACGGCCAGGAACAUCGGGCUCAACCGCCGCUGAGCGUAACCAGAGGCAAGGGUUUCACCCUACUGAAAGCCCAUUGAUAUCGGGUUCUCGUCCUCGAGCGACAACGCCAGCGGGGGAGCCUCCACAAACGAAGACGGACAAUACUCUCCUUAGGAAGAUCAGGGCUCAAAUCAUGCCAGGCGGAUUGUUCGAAAAGCCCAUCGAGCAGUUGCGAGGCGAUGUGGUAGAUACCAAGCAGCUGCAAAGCGAUGUCGCUGAAAUCAAGAAACAGACCAAGCAGCUGGUAGCCGAAAUGGCGGAAAUGAAGGCGUGCAUCAUGAAACUGCCCACGGAGCCCAUCCAGAUGCAAAACGAGAGCAGCCAGUUCGGUCAACUUAAGGAAGCUAUUGCAAGAAUUGAGAAGCACCUCUUGCAGAGCGCCAAUGCUCGCGAGGACGAACGGCGUGCUAGGCAAGAAAUAGCCGCCGAAGAGGCUCAGAUAGCCGCCGAAGAGGCGCGAGUUGCUGCUGAAGAGGCGCGAGUAGUCGCAGAACAGGCGCGGAUUGCUGGUGUUCGGGCAGAGCUUGCGAAUAGGCGCAAGCGGCUGCAAAAUGCGAAGGCUGUGUUGGGCGACUCUUAG